AUGGCCACUAAAAACAGGACAGAAGUGACUGAAUUUGUGUUGUUGGGCUUGUCCAGCAGGCCAGAGAUGCAGCCAGUUAUUUUUGGAGUUGUCCUUGUCAUGUACCUGAUGGCAGUUAUGGGCAAUACCCUACUAGUACUUGUUGCUUGCUCAGACCCCAAGCUUCAGACUCCCAUGUAUUUCCUUCUCAGCCAGCUUUCCUUGAUUGACAUAUCUCUAACAACCAUCACGGUUCCUCAGAUGCUGGUGCACACACUGUCUGUGGAUAGAAGCAUUUCCUACAACUGCUGUAUGGUACAGCUGUUCUUCUUUAUGGCAGUGGGCAGCAUGGAAGUUCACUUGCUGGCUGCCAUGGCAUAUGACCGCUAUGUUGCCAUCUGUGACCCUUUAAGAUACUCUGCCAUUGUCAGCCAUAGCCUCUGUCUGAGAAUAACAUUGACCUCAUGGGUGGUGGUCAGCCUUAACAGUCUCCUGUACAGUGUGCUGGUCACUCGUUUAACCUUCUGUGGCAACCAGGUCACUCACUUCUUCUGUGACAUCACUCCUCUGCUGAAGCUCUCCUGCACUCGACCAUUGGUCAAUGAAAUGUUAAUCUUCACUGAGGGUGUAGCUGUGGUGGUCAGCCCCUUCUUCUUCAUUUUUGGCUCCUAUGUCUGCAUAGGUGUUGCCAUAGCUCGAAUGCACUCAGUUGCUGCCCUGCAGAAAGCUCUGUCUACCUGCGGCUCUCAUGUCCUUGUUGUAAUGUUUCUAUUUGGUUCUUUGGUUCACAUGUACCUCAAACCAUCAUCUAACUACAACCUAAAACAAGACCGCCAAGUUGCCAUCUUCUACACGCUCAUUGCUCCUAUGUUAAAUCCAGUCAUCUACAGCCUCAGGAACCAGGAAGUUAAAGGAGCUCUUUGGAGGCUUUUUAGGAAACUGCAUCUCAGGAAACUUCCAGCCUGGCUCUCAGGAAAACAAAGAAUGCCAGCACACCUCCUGAGAAGCAAGGGUUAG